ACCGCUGCAGACCUGCCGCGCCUGCGCAGCGCUCGCUCGCUCGCUCACGCAGGCAGGCGCCACCCGCCACCAAAUUGGAAAGGAAGUUAUACUCGGCAACCAGGCCUGCUUCUGAGCUAGCUAGCAUCGCGCCAUCGCACACCACCACAGCACUGCACGCACUGCAGGCCUGCAGCAGGAAGAGAGAGAGAAGAAAGAGAGAGGGGAUGGAUGGAGACUUGCAGCGCAGCCCACCCCCGCGCCGCACGCACGGCUCCCUCCCCAAAUUACAGACGACCCCGCAGGAGCAAGCCCAACCACCACUUAAACCCGACCACCACCGCCACCGCCACCGUUACGCUUUAGCCCCCUCCCCGAAGCCCCCAAACCCUAGAUCCCCUUCGCCGCGGUGACCCGGCGCGGCGGCGGAGGGGAUGGCGGCCGUGCCGGAGGACCUCCGCUGCAAGCGCUCCGACGGCAAGCAGUGGCGCUGCAGCGCGCCCUCCAUGCCCGACAAGACCGUCUGCGAGAAGCACUACGUCCAGGCCAAGAGGCGCUCCGCCUCCUCAGCGCUCCGCGCCUCGCUCCGCCGCUCCUCCUCCUCCUCCGCCGCGCCGUUCCGCUCCGCCGCCGCAGCUCGCCUCCGCGACGAGGCCCGGCCCGCGCCGCUGCCGAUGGCGGUCGCGAGGCCCCUCUACGCCAGGGUCGCCGGGGAGGCGGUGUACGUGGCGGAGCCCGUGCCGGCGCCGGCGCCGGCGAGGGGGGUGGUCGCCUACGAAGGGCUGCCCCUGGGCAAUGCUGCCGGCGCGCGCACCGCGGCGGAGCUGGUCGGGAGAGGCACGGCGUGGUUGACCGACGCCGGACCGGCGGAGACCAGGAGUUGCCACCAGUGCCGGAAGGCUGGCGGCGUCCAUUGGUGUUCCAGCUGCGACAGGAGAGGCUACUGCGCCGGCUGCAUCUCGAGAUGGUACUCUGACAUUCCAAUAGACGAUGUUCGAAAGGUUUGUCCCGCAUGCCGUGGCAUUUGUAAUUGUAGAGUUUGCUUACAAGGAGACAACUUAAUAAAGGCCAGGGUGCAAGAAAUACCAGUUGUUGAUAAGUUGAGAUAUCUUCAUUGCCUUUUGGCGUAUGUUCUUCCAGUACUUAAGCAGAUUUAUUCCGACCAAUGCUUUGAAAUAGGUGUUGAAACAAGAUCUUCUGGACCAAAGACAGAUAUCCUCAGAGCGAAAAUAAAUUCUGAUGAACAAAUGUGCUGUGAUUUUUGCAAAGUGCCGGUUUUUGAUUAUCACCGCCACUGCCCAAAAUGUUUGUAUGAUUUAUGCCUUGAUUGUUGUCGAGACAUACGGCGUUCUCGGGCCACUAUUGCAAGAGGAGAAGAUAAUGAAGAUCAUGUUGAAGAUAAAAGUAGAGAUUCUUUUAGUAAAAGAGCAAGACUGGAACCAUCUACAGAAAGUGUAAAUGACAAGUCAUGCUCUCAGCAAAUGGAUCUAAAUAAUAUUGACAUUAAAUCUUUAGUUCCUACAUGGAGAGUCAGCAAUGAUGGCAGCCUCACUUGUGGGCCUCAUGAGGCUGGUGGCUGUGGUUCAUCAAAGCUGGUGUUAAGGCGAAUAUUCAAAAUUAAUUGGAUUGCUAAACUUGUAAAAAGUUCUGAAGAAAUGGUCAAUGGUUGCAAAGUACACGAUCUGCAGGAUGGAUGUUUGUCUUACAGUGAUGGCAGACGGUUAGACUUAAUUGGUCAGCAAAACCUUGGUCUCCCAAAAUGCUCAAACAGUGAAGACAUUAGUGGGAAUUGCGUGUACUCUCCUGUAUUGGAGGACUUGAAACAUGAAGGCAUCAUGCAUUUUCGUAAGCAUUGGAUAAAGGCGGAGCCUAUUGUCAUCAGGAAAGCAUUUGAGCCUUCUCUAUCAUCAAUCUGGGACCCCGUAAGUAUUUGGAGAGGUAUCCAGGAGAUCAUGGAUGAAGAGAUGAAUGAAGAUGUAAUAGUCAAAGCUGUGGACUGCUCAAACCGAUCAGAGGUGGAUAUCGAGCUCAAACAGUUUAUCAAAGGUUAUUCAGAUGGUAACAAGGGGGGUGAUGGCCGCUUGUUGAUGCUGAAAUUGAAAGAGUGGCCCCGGCCCAGUGUCUUAGAGGAGUUUCUGUUGUGCCACAGACCAGAAUUUAUUGUCAAUUUUCCUCUUGUUGAUUUCAUUCAUCCUAGAUGGGGUCUCCUAAAUCUCACUGCCAAGUUACCGCAAGAUGCCUUACAGCCUGAAGUAGGGAUGAAGCUGCUAAUUGCAUAUGGAAGUCGUCAAGAACUUGGUCAAGGUGAUCCAGUGAUGAAUCUAACGAUUAACAUGGAUGAUGUGGUUCACAUGUUAAUGCAUGCAGCUGAAAUGCAUAACCAAUGUCCCAAGAGGCUACUAUCUAAUGGAUCUGAAAGGAUUGCUAAUGGAACUAGUGCGCAUGUAAAUGACCACUCUCCUGUUCCAAAUUUGGAUCUGGAUGUGGGGGAGCCAGAGCACAAACAUACAAUUUCACAUUGUGAGGAGGUAAAAGCUAACAAUUUAGAAGAAUCUCAGGCUGGUGCUGUCUGGGAUGUAUUCCGCAGGCAGGAUCUUCCAAAGCUUAAUGAAUAUUUGGCUGCUCAUCAGGAAGAAUUUGGAGCUAGUUGUCAGGCUGUGCCCUCUGUUAAGUAUCCUAUUUACGAUCAAACUGUGUAUCUCAACAAUUAUCAUAAGAAGACAUUGAAGGAUCAAUAUGGAAUUGAACCCUGCACAUUCCACCAACAUAUAGGUGAGGCUGUAUUCAUUCCAGCUGGCUGUCCUUUCCAAGUGAAAAACCUCCAGUCCACGGUUCAAUUGGCUCUCAAUUUUUUGUCUCCGGAGAGUUUACCAGAGUCAGUCCGGAUGGCCCAAGAGAUCCGUUGCCUGCCGAAUGGUCAUGUUGCAAAACUGAAGAUGCUUGAGGUAAAAAAGAUCUCCUUAUAUGCAGCAAGUUCAGCUGUCAGAGAAAUCCAGAGAAUAACCCUGGAUCCCAAGUUCAAUCUAGAUGCUAGUCUCGAGGAUCAAAAUUUGACUAGGGCAGUUUCAGAAAACUUGGCAAGAGUGAAUAAACAAAGGAAGGUAUCUUUCAGUUGAAGUACUGGAGGCCUUGAAGAAAUUGUGACAUGCCUCAGGAUUGAAGCUGAUGCAGAAGUAGAUAUAGUGAUUGUACAUGUAUUAUAUUGUAACACAUGAAAGGAGGACAUUCUAAUUCGUAUUGGAUAGCAUAUUGACCUUACCUGUAUAUUGUGGAUUAGGACUAACUGCUGAGCUCAUAUAGACAAGAUAAAAAGCAUUAGAAAGCUGAUUACAGAACCGAAUUCUAUCUUGUGAAAUUUUGAUGACAAUAAUGUCGGUAAUUUCAUGAGAACUAUCAGAUUUUCUA